AUGCCGCCCAAUGGCCGCCUGUACAACGAGACGACUCCGCUCAUCGGCCGCACACAAAAUCACGAGGACGAAUCGCGCUUCAAGACAAUCCCAAAGCACGUCCUGCAUCUGACCUAUGCCACCCUCGCCAGCAACUAUGUCAACGUCUUGCUCGUCUUUGUGCCCAUUGGCAUCGUCGCUGGCAUCCUGGGAUGGAAUCCCACGGCCGUCUUCAUCCUCAACUUCAUCGCCAUCAUCCCCCUCGCCGCCCUCUUGAGCUUUGCGACCGAGGAACUGUCUGCCAAGCUGGGCCAAACCCUCGGCGGCCUGAUGAAUGCAACCUUUGGCAACGCCGUCGAAUUGAUUGUCUCCAUUGUUGCCCUCAAACAAGGCGAAAUCCGCAUCGUGCAAGCCUCGAUGCUCGGCAGCAUUCUCUCCAACAUUCUCCUCGUCCUCGGCUGCUGCUUCCUCGCCGCCGGUAUCCGCGAGACGGAAUCCUCGUUUAAUGGUACCGUCGCCUCGACCAUGUCAUCCCUCAUGGCCGUCGCCUCGGCCUCACUCAUCAUCCCGGCCACCCUCUACGCCGUCAUGCCCCACGAAGGCGGCCAACCGGGCCAGGAAACCGACGAGAAUAUUCUGCUCCUCUCCCACGGCACCUCCAUCAUCCUCCUCGGCCUCUACAUUCUCUACCUCUACUUCCAGCUCUACUCCCACCACCGCCUCUUCGCCGACACCGAGGCGCAAGAAUCUUCGGACGAAUCCGAAGACGGCCAACUGCUCUCCCCGCUGGCCGCCGGCAUCGCCCUCGUCGUCGUGACGCUGCUCGUGGCCGUGUGCGCAGAAUUCCUCGUUGACAGCAUCGACUCGAUUGUCGAAUCCGCCCACAUCUCCAAGACGUUUGUCGGUCUCAUCCUCAUCCCCAUUGUCGGCAAUGCCGCCGAACACGUCACCGCCGUCAUCGUCGCCUACAAGGGCAAGAUGGAUCUCGCCAUCAACGUGGCCAUUGGCUCGAGUCUGCAAAUUGCCCUCUUUGUCACCCCCUUUUUGGUCCUGCUCGGCUGGGCCAUGGGCCAGCCCAUGACGCUGCACUUUCAGGGCUUCGAGACGAUGGUCUUCUUCAUCAGCGUGCUCAUUGUCAACUAUCUGAUUCAGGACGGCAAGAGCAACUAUCUCGAGGGCGCCAUGUGUAUUGGCAUUUAUGCCAUUAUCGCGCUGGCCUUUUAUAUUUAUCCCGAUGAUGCGGCGAGCCAUAUCACGAGUGAGGUGGUGAGGAGGUUCUUUGCCGGUGUUUAA